UUAGAUGGGUGUCACCUCACAAACCCACAUUAAUUCAUAGCAUAAACAACUGAAUUCAGCCCAGGUUUAAUUUUUUAGUGUUUUAUUUGAUUUUCUUUCCAUUCUACAUUAUGGAGUAAAUAUAGUAUAUAAAAUGAGCUGUGAGGAGGAUCUUCAGGGGGUUUCCAUGUUUGUGUUCUUUAUAUUAACAGCAAUGUGACCACGUGUUCAUUUUAUUUAUCUAUCUAACAUAAAUGUCAUGAAUUGUUCGUUAUAGCUGUUUAUUCAUGUCCCACAAAUUGCUUAAAUACUGUAUAUUUGCACUGAUGCCUGAGUUUGUAGUUUUAACUAAGCAAAUCUUUCACACUAACCGUGACGUGUGUAAAAAGCUUAAGUAGCAGUUGCAUUUGUUGUAUGACUAGGCACCUUUUUCUAUUAUGGAUGACAAGUCAGAUUUAGAAUUUGUCUUCAUGAAUCACCUCUUAGGGUCAGCUCAGCUAUAUGCACUAAUGCUAACGCGUCAGUGUGUGGCUAGCUAAAUAACGCCCUGUCUCAAAGUGACGCAUGAAUCUGCGUGUAAUGACUCCCUGUCCACAGCUCGGCUUGACAGCGAUGCCUUUGCCUCAAACAGUGUGGACAAAUUCCAUUUACUUGACUGAGCAGACCGUCUGCGAGCCGUUUCCCCUGUAGUUCUGUUUAAUCUAUUGUGCAGUCCCAUCCUUUCUUUGUCCCGUCUCCCGUAGUCAUGGUGGAUUUGUAUCAGUGUUGCUGUGGCGCUGGUUCCCUGGUAACCACCACAACGGUUUCUGGGUGUUAAACUGAUUAGAAGAAUAGUCUCGACAUAAUACUGUGAGAUCGCUUGCCAUGUCAAAACGACAGAAAAUCUGUGUCACCUGCAGGCAAGUGGGGAAUAAAGAUGGAGCCGUUCCUCGUUGGCACGUGUUCAGUAGGUGGUGAUUAAUGUGAUUUUGUGUAUAUUUCAACGGUCGCACAACUUCUGAAAUGGGAGCAUCUCGUUGCCAAGUAGACAACACAAUGGGGUUAAAAAAGGGGUUAUCAUCAGUUUACACAAUGUUAUAGGUUUACUUUUAUGGUUCUGAACAUUUGUGUUUGUGUUGUAGAGCCUCUUAUUGUGUGUGUGUGUGUGUGGCACUCCUUUCCACCCUCCUCUGUUGCUAAGUUGAAGUUAAAUAUUGCCAUACAACUUACUUAGUCUAACGCAAGUUUCCUAAUUACGGCUGGAGGCAGUGCAGCAUACUUGGAUUUUGAAUAUUUCAUAUACUAAUAAAGUCGUCUGGUUGUUAGUUAUCUGUUUGGGAAGUUGCUAACAAUUUGCGUCUCCAGUAGGAAGUUGUACCUCAGGCAGCUGGAAACAUGCUCCGUGUGCGUUUAUUAAUAUACAUGAUUCAGUCCCAGUGUUGUUUGGCUGUUAUUACUACACUGAAGCUCCUUUAUCCCUGAUAGUUUGGCUGAAUGUGUUUCAUUUAAAAUGGGUUUUUGCUAACACAUGCCUUUUUUCAUCGUUCGUCUCUGUUCUAAGAGUGUUGAGGCUUCGCUGCUUUUGGAUCAGGCUCUUCUGCUGACUCUGGUUUAUAGCGAAGCUGUCUCUGGCCCAAAUGAGCAUACUUGGAUCAGCACUGGUUGUUGUGUAACCACUGUCUAAUCCACUGGCUUCUGUGUUCUGUUAGAUAUCUAUGAUGAUGUAUGAGUAAGCAAGACAUUCAGUAACUGAAGUUUGAUGGUGUAAUAGUCAUUUCUCACUGAUGCAGUGAAUAUAAAGAUGAACUGUGCCCAGUCACCGUAUUGUUGACAAUGAAAGCAGGAGCGGCUUCAGCAGCAUUACACCCUAGACUAAUCGAUCAUGAAAGUUACCUAGCACAAGAGCCAUGUCAAUUAUUAAUAAGAUGAAUAUCAUGUUCUGGCUCAAGAGGAGAGGCUUAAUUUUUUAUAAGACAUUGCUGCUAGCUUGAAUUUGUGUUACAUAUCAGACCUUUGUUUAAAGAAGAGAGAGGUGAAAAGGGAGAUUGCGGUGGGAUUUACUUUGCCUGUUCGCAUUCCUCUCAGAUUAUGUGAAAUGGGUCAGAAAUAGGCAGUUAUGUGUUGUUGUGGACUAGUGAAGAGGGUAGGUGAGGAAAGCGUUUCCUGUGUCAUGCACUGCUGUGCAGCAAGUGCUGCCUUGAGCCCUGCAACUCUCGGUUUCCCGCAGAUGCACGGGGACAGAUGUGAGGCAGCGUCUAUUGUAUGUAUGCUGUGUAUCAUGGAUUGCAGAGGAAAAAAGGGGUCUGAAGUAGCAGAUUCGCGCACCACGCCAUUCCUCCUCCACCAAGCGCUCUGCAGAGGGAUGUCUGGCUCGUGAGAGUGCCUCUGUGCUGAGUCGACAGGACAGAAACAAUGGCUUUGCUGUGCUGCCUGUUCGUUUGGCCGCCUUCAUGCAGCAUUUCAUGGAGGGACCCCGGCGGCUUUUGGCUGCGUUCGCCUUGUUGACCAGGACGUGGCCUGCCGGUCACUGACCCGUUGUGCCCAGAGUGCCUGCAGCUCAUCUUGCCUCUGAGGACCGCUGAUUAUCCUACAGUAAUUGGUGCCUGGGAUCUGGCUGAUCAAAGGUGACCAGCUGAUUGUGGAGCCCUGGUAAUUUUCCAUUCUCCAACUCGUACUGGUCGGUCUUCCUGCCUGCCUGGUCAUUGGCAGAGAAAGAACAGACUUGACAUCUGUCUGUUACAUUAAUCCAGCUUUUCUCAUGCUUGAUGACGGGGCUUAGCUGUCUUUGCCUUUUCCUUGUUUACACAAAUAUAGUAAGAAUGUCGUAGAAAUGGACAGUAUUCAGCCUCCCGUAGGUCACAGGCUCAAACCCUGGAGCCAGUAAGCAGCUUCCUACUGGGUACUGAGGUAAGGUGAUCAGUGAUGUCAAGUGGAAUGAGAACGUACAUACUAACAAUACUUAGUUUAACCCAAACAGUUUAACCCUGGACUGCAGAGAAUAAGAGUCCGCAUUGCUGCACCAAAAAACACUGUGAAGUCCUGCUAUUGUUCAUACUCCAGCCUUCUACUUUGGACUGUUUUACUAAAAGAGCUGUCCAACAUUUUUGGAAAAAGAAGGCGUCUGCCAUGACUGCUGAAUCACUCCUGGCUCACAAAUGCAAGUACAACAUGGAAGGAGUUGCUUGACAUUUAGAGACCAUUUCUUACAUAAACAGCUAAGAGGAUGUAAUCACAGUGUUCUGGAGUGGAACCUAUUGUGAUAUAAUCUAAUUCUUCGUAGAAUUCCUUGAUUUCAGCUUUAAACAUCUUUUUCCAUGUUGAUCUCUCCAAAAAUAACCUCUAACACGAAGCCAUUUCUUGGACUUUUUUUUUUAUAUCUAAUGACUGAAACUCUCCUUGUUUGUCAGGAGGAUGUGCUCUAUACUCUAAUCAAAGUAAAUCAAUCACCCCAAACAGUUCUAAAAUUUAGGACUUGUGCCAAUGUUUCUAGGUAACAAAUGAUAGUCCUAGAAAAUAAAAGGCUCUCAAGGGUUUAAAUUAAUAGUGGGCCUCAUUCUUAUAAUUAUGUAGAAAUAAAACUCCUGCGCUUUUCUGAGCUGCACCUUAAAUCUGCUUGUUAAACAGCCAGGUACAAGCAGGAAUCCAUUUAGUACCUUGAUAUUCUAGUCAUUUCUGCCUGAGCAAUAACACGAGCAGACCAAUAACAAAGCUGAGGUACGUGGAAGGAAAGUAUAACCAGUGAGCAGUUCAACAGCUGAAUACUUCACCCUUUACAUUCAUCCUCACGAGUCUAGUUUUUCCUGACAAUCUGCUGAGCAUCACGUGGCUCGCAUCCCACUUAGAGUAGUAGUAGUAGUUCUUAAACUGGAUUACAGUUAAACAUUGCAGUGAGUCCUUAAUGAAAUGGAACAAGAUACUGGGAUUUUUGUUGGCAUUUGUAGUUUUCAGAUCUCACACUUUUAACCAGGCCAAAGUUGAUUCUUUGUUUAUGUGAGAAAAACAAACAGCCGUGUGUUGUAUUGUGGUUACAGAUGAUGAAAUUAGUUCUUAAAAAGGACUUGGACGUACCGGUACUUCCUUUCUUGUUCCUAAUUAAUAAAUCAGUGUUAUUGCUGGGCUCUGAAAGGAUCAUCAGUUGUGUGCGUGCGCGUGCGUGUGUGUGCGUGUGUGUGUCUUGGCUUGGUCAGUCGGACAGUGCAGCGACUGCAUGUCUGUUCUCUCAGCAGGAAGUUCCCGUUCCACUCCAUCCGCUCACCGCUCCUGCUGCGAGACAAAUACUGCUACUGACGCAUACACAUGCACACGGUGCAUUAACAGCAUUAUUACCAGUAAUAUUAAUAAUGCUGUUGGGAUGAAAAGCUGUAUUAUUGACAGCACAUUGACUCAGCAGCUGGAACCGUAGAGUCUGCUCUGUGUGAUAUCGAUUCUCCUGAGAGUAUUUUUUCUAUGUAAUCAGUUCUUUUCCCCACACUUAUUAUUCGGGCAGCGCUUUUCAUCCAUUCAUCUUCGUCUAAAUCACAAAGUCACCCCUUUUGUGCGACUCUGUCUGACUGUGUUUACCACUCCGUCACAUUGUGUGUGGCGUCGUGUCGUCUUCCUGUGUGUAUGUGAUGCGUCAGACACCGGCAGCGCUGCGUUUAGAGUGCACUUCCCCUGCAGCCUUCUAGAUGAUGGUGACGAUAACUGUGGGAGCGCUGACACCAUUACUCGCUGUGGCUUUCCUUUUGGCACCGGCUUUGUAUUUACAUGCAGGCAUAGGCCUGUUGGCUUGCUGUGGUGGCAGUGUGCCUAACCCAAUGCCGCUGUAAUACACUUCUGACAGCUUCUUGGAUCUGUGUUUACCGAGAGGUAAGAGGAAUGAUGGUUUUCACACAAACAGCCAGGUUUUAGUCAUCUCCCGCCGUUGCCAGGAUAGUACCACUACAUGAAAGCAGAUUCUGUUACACACUGCUGACAGUGUGGUUUUACUUUCCCCGUCUGCCUCAGCCCCACACAUAGAUUUGAAAAACCAUCCUCGUUCACUUUAAUUCCUCACGGUUUGGCUCAUUUGGGGAGCAAGUUAAUUGGCUCUGAUCGCUGCACCAUUAUUCUUUCUCUGUGUUUUUUCUUUGACGUCGCUCUUGACUCACUUUCAUUUUGAGUUUGUGAUCACUUAAGCGUCGCCGCGUUUAAUCGAUAAAUGUUGCUACUGGCUGCACGUUUGCCUGUGGUUGUCAGGCCUUUCUCAUAGAUGUAAGCCAGUGCCCUUUAAUCACAGCUUGGUUUUAAAAGGCAAAGUCGUUUGGCAGCUGCAGGGCAGACAUCUCCUCUGGGUCGCCGUAACUGGAGUAAAGGAGAAGGAUGACACGACUACAGGGAGGAGGAUGAGCGGGUGGGAGAGGCCGCGGCAGAUGACAGCUCACCAUUAAAAUCGCACUUGAAAACAACAUAAAGCAAGCCUUUAGCAUCACUUUGUGAUUUUGAAUGUUUCCGGCGGCUUCGUGGGCCUUUGCUUACAGGGAUUGCCUUUGUGCUCCUAAUCACCUAAGCUGCACUUUGGUUCGGUGCUUAAAUUGAAAGUAUUUUCCCAGUGGGGUUAAGUGAGGUGCGACAUCAGACGUGACGGUGCAGGAAAUGCUGAACGCUAACUGUGCACGGCGUGUGCUACGGGCUGCCGGCCUGUACUGCGUCGCUCAGCCAUUGUUGGGCUCGGCCUUGUUGUUUGUGGUUUGCUUUUGUGAAUCAGCAGCUCUGCAUGCAGUAGGCACACGCUGGUCUCUGCUCUGCGUGCUAACUGGCUCACAGUGCGACAAGCAGGCCCGUUUAAAUUGACAGAUACAGUGUUGGUGUCUGUGUGUUGGAGCUUGGCACCGUCUGAGGCUGCCACUUUGAGAUUGAACCCUUAGCGUGUCUUUAUCGUAACCGGGGUAAAGCGAACGUUGGCACAUGGGACUUGGAACUGAAACUGGAUUCCGUGAACCCAAGGUUCUCAGACUGUGACAGCCUCCACCCUGCUCACUAAACACGCAGACCUGUGGUCUCGGUUUGCACCGGGCUGGAAGGCUGAUCCAGGUAGGAUCAGCUGUCUGUUUUCAGCCUGCAUCUACGCUGGACUAGUUUGCUGUUAUACAUGUGAGCAUUCGAAGCCUGGGAAUGUAAAUUACCAUCUUAGAUCAGCAUUCUGCCUGCGAGACUUCAUAAAUGUGCUAAUGCUCGCCUUUGUAGUCGUGAGUCAACUGUAGGAUUAAUAGAUAAUGUAUUAACAGCAGUUUGCCGACGCCUGGUGAAUAUGUAACACUUGCUUGUGUUUCCUCGGGUCAGUGCCGUGCUUGGCAAUAAUAGUCUAUUUGACUUUAUUCCUCCAACAGGCUGCAGCUCCUCCAACAGCAUUUCACAUCUCUGAACAACACCAAAGCUUAAUUAUAAAGCAGCUUUAACUGCAGACCUUGAAAAGCUGUAGUUGUCUGUCUCACUUGAACUUUCAUGUGUGAGUGUAGUGCGUGAGCAUCGGUGUUGUUUCAGUGUGUAUUUUGUUUACAUUUGUGGGUUUAUGCGACUUUGCAUGUACUUCUUGUGUGUUCUCUGAGCUGCAGACUGUGUGUGUGUGUGUGUGGGGGGGGAUGUCAAGAGGAAAAAGCAAACAUGGUUUUCAUGAGUAGCUUUUUCGCUCCAAGGUUUACUCAAAGUUUCCCUGAAGAGUUCACUUCUAGAGUCGGGGACAAUGCGUUGCAGUUCAGUCUGAGUGAACCGUGAGGAGCUUAAGCCUUCGCUGCACAACAAUGAUGUCAGUCCAACAAAGACAGAUGAUUGCUGUUCUUCCUAACUGGAGAGGGAGAGAUGGUAAUUUCAGGCUAUCUGGUGUAUAAAAUAACAGCCACUUUGUCAGCCAGCGAACAAAGUCACAAAGUGCCAUUUACACACAGACAUGUUCCCAUGGCUGCUGCAUGAGUCCUGCCUUGGAGAGGAGGACUGAUGGAGUUGGGGCACUCAGGCCACUACAUCAAAUCCUUUCUUACAGGCCAGUGCUUUCAGUCAGCAGCGCCUCUCCACAGCGUGAGCAUAGUAUUUAUGGCUCUAUUCAUUCAAAUGAAACCGCUCCGUAUUGGACAUAGCAGCCCGUUUGGCAAGAAAUGCUCAAAAAGCAUCGCACACAUGUUGUUUUGGGGCUGGACUCUGCCUCCUUGAUGCUCCUCGUGAUGAAAGCCAGAGCUUGGUAUCGAUUGCGUCUGUGAUGCAUCCCUGUGGCAGGGGAUGGGACGGUGCCACAGCCUGGUGCCGGAACACGUGCCCUGGCGCUUUUUCACAGUGGCGUCAGCUGUUGCCCGCGGUGAUGUGUGCUGGCUGCUCUGAUGCUGUGGGCCCGGGAGGUGUCGGCGCCACGCCUGACUGGUCCUGCACACGUACACACAGGUUCCUACUGGUGUAUAUAUCCAGACAGGCAGAGAAGCCAAAGUGGCGACCAGCUAGAUGCCCCUGAGGAGAGAUCCGGUAGGACCCUGCUUUGUCUCUCGUUAUCAGCCCCAUGUGCAGUCAUGUGUUCUGAGGAAACAGGGGUCAUCGUGUCUUUCUGAGGGCAGGGAACAGAUUGAAGGACUGAGAUGAAUCAGUGGCUGACAGGGAAUGAGUGAUGCAUGCACUCCUAUUUUCACUGUUUCCUUCUUUUAGUGGACUACCUCUCUUUUCCUACAGUCUCUGAGUCUGAAUUGAAGAUUUAACUUAUCAUUACAUCAUCAUUUACUUUAAAAGUGUCUUUUGUCCUUUUGAGAAAGACAGUUUUUGGCUUUUACAAACAUUAGCAAAUAAAUCCAAGUCUGUACGUCGGUGGUUACAGCUACUAAUGGCGCUUUGACUCUAUUUACGGGACGCUGUGACACAAAUUAAUUCUCUGUUGAUUCAUGUGUCCCACAUUAUUAGAUUAAGCAUUAAUACGUGGGAGCUGCAGGGUACCUCCUUUUACACUGUUCCGUACGCCAACACUGAGCAGCCACGUCAGACUAUCAUUAAAUCAGUGGCAGCACUGAUAUAAGCUUCUAUCAGUCUGUUGUGAGCCAGUGAGGUUGUGUAUUUAUUGCAGCUAUAACCCCCGAUCACUGACCCUGAUCUCGGCCCUAUAGUUUGUCAUUGUUGUUUGAAUUGCUCACCUUUUUCUCAAGUGUGACUAUGUCUUCUUUGCUUUAAUGCCCUGUGCACUUUCAUCCACAUUUUCUCCCUGUGUUUUUUUUCUUCCUGCUCCUCUUUUUACAUAACUAUGUCAAGCUUCAAACCGGGCUCCGGAAAAUUGGAUUAGCGCGGUAACAGCAUUUUUCGAAUUCUCUCUUCAUAUGGCCGUUUGGGAGUCGAACAGAGACGCUAUCACCUCGAGUCGGCCGCCUCCUUGAUAACACAGCUCAGCAGAUACGUCUGACCAGACGCGCUUUGCAUUAUGGAUGGCUGGCCCUAUUGACUGAAGCCAUACUAUCUCAGUGUUUCUCUCCAAACUAUAAGCUCAGACUCAACACAGAUAACACAGAAUUCCCCGAACACAGUGCACCGCUGGCACGCCCGUGGGACAAGCCAUGAAAGGAUGGAGACAGUGGGCCUUUCUGUCUUGAACUACUGCCCGUUCCGUCUUUCUCUCUCACGCUUUCUCACCUUCCUCGCCUCCCCCUCCCUCACCCCCCUCUUUGAAACCCAACCACUGAACUCAUCCCUAGGAUCCUUCUGCAGGGAUUAAUCAGUUCUCCAUUCCUAGAGAGAUUAUUCAAAUACUGUUGCAUCUACAGCCAGCAGUAGCCCUCCCUCACUGCUUCCAGGGCAUCCGCAGAGCUCUGAUCGAGUGUUCUUACCCUGUAAUAUUCCCACUUCCACUAAUUUUGUUUUUUGUGCAUCCCACAUGUUCCUCUCUCUCUGUUUUAAAGCUCAUGCCAGCCAGUCUGAUGAACUAAUUGAAGACAUUGCAUGUGUGUUUCUAGAGAGCUCUUUUCUUUUUUUUUUCUUUCACUGUUGCUCAUCCCUGUGAAUAUGAACACACAGAAUAAUGGGUUCUUGUGUAAUUGUCCUCAUUAGUGCCGGUAGGAGAGCAGCCAGAGAUCCUCAUGGCAUCAGACUAUAGGAGCUGUGACAGCUCCAGCAGAGUUCAGAUCCUGCUUUUCUACAACAAAGCCUUUACCUCUCCAGCCACUCUUUUCAUCAGCCCCCUCCUACUGUACUUCUUCAGUUUCUCCGGGCUUCUCCAGUCAGUCUCUCGGCUAUUUAGCAAUUAAAACCAGCCCAAGUGUUGCUUUAUUUCUUUUAAGCUGACAUGUGGACAUGUUACAAAACCUUAGCUCUGAUGUUGAGUAAAAUCCUAUGGGUGGUGAUUCCGGAAGAAAAACAGUGGUUCAUACUUUACACUUUGUUUUACACUUUGUGAAGUUGGAAAAAAAUCUGCAUUAGUUUGUCAUACAUGUUUAGUUCUUUGCUAUUAAUACCUUAUGAAAUCUGAUGUAUUUGCUUUUGAUGCCUGGAGAAAUGUAUUCUAUUCAUUUCUAACGAAUAAUCCGUUUUUCUGCUCCCGUUUCCACCUUCACCUCCAGCUUCUUCAGUUGCCCCUUUCCCUUCAUCUCAACUUCUCACGUAUUUCCAUUCUAAUUAUUUUCCUUCCCUCUCUCCCACUUAAGUACCGUAUCUAAUUUACUUUUACCUUCUCUUCACCUCUUCCAGUCUCACCUUGCAGCUCCAUCUUUGUCUCACUCUUUGCCUCCCUCCUUUGGCUUAUGGCCAAUCAGGAGACUGAACCUGCACAAGGCGAACGCAGCCAGCUCUCAAUGUGCUCUGUGCCCUCACAUCGUUUCCGCCUGGAUGCUUUACCAGGGAGCUCAGCGAUGAAUAAGCUACGGCAGAGCUUCCGCCGGAAGAAAGACAUCUACGUGCCGGAGUCGAGUCGACCGCACCAGUGGCAGACGGACGAGGAGGCGGUCCGCAGCGGGAAAUGCAGCUUUGCCGUCAAGUACCUGGGACAUGUGGAGGUGGAGGAGUCCAGAGGGAUGCACAUCUGUGAAGAUGCAGUGAAGCGUCUGAAGACGGACAGGAAAUUCUUCAAAGGAUUCUUUGCAAAAGUCGGGAAGAAGCCGGUGCGAGCCGUGUUGUGGGUUUCUGCUGACGGUCUUCGGGUUGUAGAUGACAAAACAAAGGACCUGAUAUUGGACCAGACGAUAGAGAAGGUGUCGUUCUGUGCCCCGGACAGGAACUUCGAGAGGGCGUUUUCCUACAUCUGCAGGGACGGCACCACGCGGCGCUGGAUCUGCCACUGUUUCAUGGCCAUCAAAGACUCCGGGGAGCGGCUCAGUCAUGCAGUGGGUUGUGCGUUCGCCGCCUGUCUGGAGCGAAAACAGAAGCGGGAGAAGGAGUGUGGGGUCACAGCGACCUUUGCCAACAACGGAACCACUUUCUAUCGCGAGGGCUCCUUUCGCGUUACUACAGCAACCGAGGCGGCGGAGCGGGAGGAAGUCAUGAGGCAGAUCCAGGAUGCUAAAAAAGAGACAGAUGUGAAGGUUGGUGGGAUCUCGGCCCCCUGUUUGACAAACUCCUCUGUACAACAAGCCGCGGGUUCCCCGUCGCCCUCGUCCUCCCCCCCUCAGCCCGUGUCCACCCUGGGACCUCAGGUGAUACCCCGCCGCCACGCACCGGCCGAGGCUCUGGCUCGGCAGGGCUCCUUCAGGGGCUUCCCAGCGCUCAGCCAGAAGACGUCUCCCUUCAAACGACAGCUGUCGCUGCGCAUGAACGAGCUGCCCUCCACCAUGCAGCGCAAGUCGGACUUCCCCAUCAAAAACACAGUCCCUGAGGUAGAAGGAGAGAGCGACAGCAUCAGUUCACUAUGCACUCAGAUCGCCACCGCAUUCAGUGCACCUCCAGAGGACCCCUUCUCCUCAGCUCCAAUGCAUAAGCCUGCGUCAUCCCCUCAGUCUCCAGUAGCACCAGUGAACGGCACCGCUCCUGCCUUCGCUCUUGCUGCUGCUGCUGCUGCUAACCCCCCAGUCCUGCCCCCUGCUCUGCCUGCACGAGAAACUAACCCCUGGGCUAAGAGUCCAGCAGGGGCCCCGGCCUCAGCGCAGCCAGGAGCAGGAAGUGACUGGUCAUCUCCUACUCCAGUGAUAGUGGUCGCCCCAACAUCAUCUCCAGCCACAGCUCACAAGCGCACGCCAUCAGAAGCAGACCGGUGGCUGGAAGAAGUGUCCAAGUCUGUCCGAGCACAGCCGGCUAAUCCAAUCCUGGCAGCGGCCUCGCCUCCGACCCAGCCCUUCCCUGCACCCGCACAGAUACCUGUAGCGCCCGUUCCUUCCGUUCCCCCGGUGGCCUUCAUGCCUUCUCUGCCCCCCGCUGUGCCCAUGUUGCCCCCUCGCCAGCCCGCCUUCCACGCUCAGGCUCCCGCCUCCUACCCAAUUGCCAAUGGGUUGGCGUUCCCUCAGCCCAGUGUGCCUGUGGUGGGCAUCACUCCCUCACAGAUGGUGGCUCAUGUAUUCGGUUCAGCAACACAAACGCAGUCAUUCCCUGUCCCUGCCUCUACGACGCCCCAGCACGAUGGCCAGGCCAUCACCAACGUCGGCAUGUUCAUGAAGCCCCCACAGUCCACAGCUGUGAGCCAAGCUCACCUCCAGCCAUCCAAUGGCAGCGUGACCUUUAACGGAGCAGACAGCUGGACCGCUCCAUCCCAACUUCCAUCCUCUCCAGCCACACAGCCGCCCCAGCCGCAGCAGAAUGAUGCCUUCGAGGCCCAGUGGGCAGCCCUGGAAGGCCGCUCGCGCCAGCGCACGACACCCUCCCCAACGAAUCCCUUCUCUACUGAGCUGCACAAGACCUUUGAGAUCCAGCUCUGAAGACAGUAUUUGCGACCAGAUUGUAUUGGACAUGACUGGGAAGGGGGAUUAUUGAUUACAGAAGAGAGGGGACUCUCUUCUUGCCUCUCAUCUCGGUUACAAUGGACAGGCUCAGUAGGGCAGAAAAGACUCGGGAGGCAAUUGCAAAUCAACAGGGAGAACUCUGCCUGGUGGUGAGAGGAGAAAAAACAAAACGGGUUGCUUUUCACGAGUGUGCAGCUCCCCGGGCAUUUCAUUAGCAUCAUCUGUAAUGUUUUACUGGUAUUGUGGAGCGCAAGGUCAUCGUUUCCCUGUGGAAUAUGUGUCAAGCCACACCCAGCCAGCCCCAUCAGCCCUGUACCAUUCACCCGCCUCGCCAUCCAGCGCCCCCUGUUGACAUGGCACGACCUCCCUCACUUGACAGAGGAGCUGCAGCACUGAGAGAACUCAGCUUCCAGGAAAGAAGUUGUCAGUAGUAAAUUCCCAAUCAGAAGAGUAGAGUGAGACAAUGCCAAAAUCUUUAUUUUUAUGCAUUAAGUAUAUUUUAAAUAGCUUUGGAAUUUAUCAGAAGAGUUGUAAGUAAUCUUACCAAAGGCACAGGCUAGCUAAAAUGAGACAGGUUUAUGUUCAUAUAUACAUAUAUUAUACAUAAAAUAUAUAUAUAUAUAUAUAUAUAAAGAAUCUA